UAGAGAGCCUUCUGUACCUCUGAUUCAACAGACCUACACCCAAGCAUCACUUUCCCAAAACCUGCUUCUUCUGCAUCUUUCUCUUACACUACCUAGGCGUUCGGGCUGCCGGCAGGAGUGCCACAGUGAGAGGCACUGGCAGGGAAUGUGGAAAGGAGCGCUGGUCCCCAGCCCCAGGCCAAAAGCCUUGGUUUGCCCACUAGGAUUGUUUUAAGAAAAUGGCAAACAAACCAGACAUGGGGGAAAUUGCCAGCUUCAAUAAGGCCAAGCUGAAGAAAACAGAGAUGCAGGAGAACACCCUGCCGACCAAAGAGGCCACUGAGCAGAAGCAGAGUGAAAUUUCCUAAGCACCUAGAGGAUUCCCUACCCCUGUCAUCUUCAA